AUGGCCGUAAAACAGAGUUAUCACACAAGUUCAAUGACUUUAUGCUGGUGUUUAUAUGAACUGGGAAGAAAUAAGAUAGUACAAUCGAGAGUUCAAGAAGAAAUGGAUUUUAUAUUUUAUAAUGACAUUCAGCGCACAAUUUCAAAAGAAGAUUUAAACAAAAUGAUUUAUUUGGAAUGCGUAAUUAAGGAAACGAUGAGAUUAUAUCCAGUUGUUCCAAAUACAGCCAGAAAAUCGAAACAAAACCUGAAAUUUGGCGGUAUCAAAUAUUCGAAAGGAACUUCGUUUAUAAUACCGAUAUUUCAUUUGCAUCGACAUCCGAUUUAUUUUCCAAAUCCGAACGUGUUUGAUCCAAACAGAUUUCUUCCAGAAAAUUCUUCUAAUAUAAACAGUUACGCAUACAUCCCUUUCUCGGCUGGGAUAAGAAUGUGUAUUG